CUCCAGAUUUCUUGGGUCCGUCCUCUUGAACCCCAAGACUUAACGAUGAUGUCCUCUCAGGUGCGCAGAUCGGUGACACUGGUGCGGCAACUAGGGCUGCGCAGCUUCUCAACUUCUCCGUCGGCGGACAGAGUGGGGGCUCCGCUCAAUUCUUUUCUGUUCGGAUCGGGAACCUCCUCCGCUGCGCCGACAGCCAUUGUUAGGCUUUUACAGGUGCGGAUGGCGAGUACAUCCGCACUCCCAGAACCAAUCGGUGGGGAGGACGAUAGAUCACCGAAGGGGCAAGCCAACCCUUCUGGUUCGAAUCAGAUGACGAGCUAUUGGGGCGUGGCGCCUCGAAAGCUGUUCAAGGAGGAUGGAUCCGAGUGGCGAUGGUCCUGCUUUAGGCCUUGGGAUGCAUAUAUGUCUGACACGACGAUCGAUCUUGAGAAGCAUCACGCUCCGAAGGUGUUUUUGGACAAAAUUGCUUACUGGACAGUGAAGCUUCUCCGAGUUCCCACCGACAUAUUCUUCCAGAGGAGAUAUGGUUGCCGGGCGAUGAUGCUGGAAACUGUUGCAGCAGUCCCAGGAAUGGUCGGCGGAAUGCUCCUCCACCUUCGUUCUCUUCGCCGCUUCGAGCACAGCGGCGGGUGGGUUCGGGCACUGCUCGAGGAAGCUGAGAAUGAACGAAUGCAUCUCAUGACCUUCAUGGAAGUCACGCAGCCACGGUGGUAUGAGCGAGCACUUGUGAUUGCAGUUCAGGGGAUUUUCUUCAAUGCUUACUUCGUGGGCUACCUUAUAUCGCCCAAGUUCGCUCACCGCAUUGUUGGCUAUCUUGAGGAGGAGGCCAUACACUCCUACACCGAGUUUCUCAAGGAUCUGGACAAUGGAAACAUUAAGAACGUGCCGGCCCCAGAGAUCGCCAAGGAUUACUGGCGCCUGCCACCGGAUGCAACGCUGCGAGACGUCAUCAUGGUUGUUCGCGCCGACGAGGCUCAUCACCGUGACGUCAAUCAUUUUGCUUCGGACGUUCAAUAUCAGGGUAUGGACUUGAAGCAGACUCCGGCUCCUGUCGGCUAUCACUAAAUCAGUGAGAUUGCAAUUUUAUUAUUAUGUAGGGAUAUAUGUAUAGUUAGCCUUACCCAUAAACAUAUCUACUGUGUAUCUGGUAAUGUUUUCUAAUAAUUUGAGUAUUGAAACAGUUUAUGCAUUGCUCUCUUUUGAAAA